AUAACAUGGCGAGGAGAAUUGUCAAACUUGCCAGCCAGUGAUUUGAUUAUCAAUAUCAACUUUUAAUUAAUUUUUAAUGUCAUUGGCUUAUAGGAAAUAAUUCGAAAUUGGAAAUUAUGGUUUACGUUCGUACAUUCGUCAUUCGAAGGGAUUAUGGACUGUGUGUUAAUUUAAGUUCAUAAAGAAAUCAGCUGUUUAUUUCUGCCACCAAUUCUCGUUUUCGAAUAAUGUGAUAAAAAACGGAUUUUGCGAUGGCUAUGUACAAGGGUUUUCGUGUGUUGGAGAAAUCAAAGCCGCCUAGUCCGCAUAGUAUCCUUUUAGAGCAUCGUGGCAAAGAGGAGACGUUACUAUUUGAGUCGCAAGCAGUUGCAGUGCUUUCUUCUCAAGAAACGGAGGCUGUAAAAAAGUUGUACACGAAAAUAUUGGACGCUUACGGAUGUCUGGGUGUACUACAGCUAAAUGCCGGCGACUCUAGCGUUUUGUAUCUUGUAAUGAUAACCGGAUGCUUUUCAAUUGGGAAAAUAGGCGAUUCGGAGGUGUUCAGAAUAACGCAAACACAAUUUGUUCCCUUGCACUAUCAGCAGAACGAAGAGAAAAUUAUUGAGGUUAGAAAAGUACUAAACUCUGGCACGUUUUAUUUUUCUUGGUAUUCCGGGCAGAGUGGAGGGAAUCCGUUAGACUUGACGUUAUGUGCCCAAAGGAAGCAGAAAACGUCUCAAACGGAUCAUAGAUUUUUCUGGAAUAGGAUGCUUCACAUACACUUAGUGAGAUUCGAUGUCGACUGCAGCUCAUGGCUAGUCCGGGCAAUGUGUGGUUCAGUUGAAGUUCGUACAGUCUAUGUCGGACACCGUAAGGCUCUCGCUGCUGUUAUUUCGAGGUUAAGUUGCGAAAGAGCCGGAACAAGAUUCAAUGUGAGGGGAACUAAUGACGAAGGACACGUCGCCAACUUUGUGGAGACCGAGCAAGUUAUAUUUUUAGAUAACGAAGUCACGUCCUAUAUACAAACAAGGGGUUCAGUGCCGUUGUUUUGGGAACAACCCGGAGUGCAAGUCGGCUCGCAUAAAGUGAAAAUUUCUCGGGGCUACGAAGCUUCGAAUGCAGCGUUUGAUAGACAUAUGUCGAUGAUUAAAAGUAGGUACGGGAAACAGGUUAUCGUGAAUUUGCUCGGGACAAGCGUGAUUGGUAGCAAAGAAGGCGAGGCUAUGCUUAGUCACGAUUUUCAGAAACACCACAAAGAAUCAAAUCACUCCGAUAUCCCUCACAUAGUAUUCGACUAUCAUCAAGAGUGCAGAGGUGGAAACCAAGCGAACUUAUCCAAGUUAAAAGCUAGGGUGGAGUCGCAACUUCAAGAAUUCGGUUUUUAUCAAGCCGAUGCCAAUACUGUAUAUAGCUUACAAAUAGGAACUAUUAGAACAAAUUGUUUAGAUUGCUUAGAUAGAACAAAUUGUGUCCAAACGUUUUUUGGAUUAGAAGUAUUAGGGAAACAGUUGCAGGUGAUGCAACUCGUUGAUAAAAAGCAAACUGUCUCACGUUUCGAAGAGGUUUUUAAGCAGAUGUGGAUAAAUAAUGGCAACGAAGUUAGUAAGAUCUAUGCUGGCACUGGUGCCAUACAAGGGGGAUCAAAGAUUAUGGAUGGAGCCCGUUCUGCGGCGAGGACUAUUCAGAACAAUCUUCUUGAUAAUUCUAAACAAGAAGCAAUUGAUAUAUUAUUAAUGGGAUCAACCUUAAACACUGAGUUAGCGGAUCGUGCACGAACACUAUUACCCUAUAAUACACUUCACGCACCACAACAUGUACUUAGGGAGAUGUGCAGACGUUACAUGGAGUAUACAUCUCCAUUACCUAUUCGUGUAGCUAUAGGUACAUACAAUGUGAAUGGCGGAAAGCAUUUCCGCAGUGUGGUAUAUAAGGAUGUGUCAUUAGCUGACUGGUUAUUAGACUCUCACGUAAUUAACGCGGGCUCACUUGUUGACUUAACGCAUCAAAAUGACAAACCUUCAGUACCUAUAGAUUUGUUUGCAAUAGGAUUUGAAGAAAUUGUUGAUUUAAAUGCCGCCAAUAUAAUGGCGGCGAGCAGCGAGAAUGCCAAAGCGUGGGCCGAUGAGCUUCAAAAGGUACUUUCUCGCGAUCGACCCUAUGUACUGGUCACCUAUCAGCAAUUGGUUGGUGUUUGCUUGUAUUUGUUUGUAAGGCCAGAACACAUCCCGUAUAUCAAGGAUGUUGCAAUUGAUUGCGUUAAAACUGGACUUGGUGGAGCUGCAGGAAAUAAGGGUGCAGCGGCUAUACGAUGCGUUUUUUACGCCACAUCGCUAUGUUUCGUUUGCGCUCAUUUUGCUGCCGGUCAGUCGCAAGUAGCGGAGCGCAACGCCGAUUACAACGAAAUUACACGUCGCAUAAGCUUUCCCAUGGGACGCUCGCUGAAUUCUCACGAAUAUUUGUUUUGGUGUGGGGAUUUUAAUUAUCGUGUAGAUAUGGAUAAAGACGAGAUGAAAGAGCUUAUUAAGCAAAAUGAACUGAACGCCAUUCUGGAGAACGAUCAAUUAAAGAAACAGCAAGAGGCGGGAAAUGUAUUCAAAAACUUCUUGGAGGGGGAUAUAACUUUUCCUCCAACUUAUAAGUACGACUUAUUCAGUGAUGAUUAUGAUACUAGUGAAAAGUGUCGAGCGCCAGCUUGGACUGAUCGAGUCCUCUGGAAACGGCGUCCGUCGUUUUUUGACGGUGGAAGUAGUAAUAGUGAUAAUUGUUCUCCAGGUAAUCUGGUGCAUUAUGGAAGAGCAGAUCUAAAGCAAAGCGACCAUAGGCCUGUUGUCGCUGUGAUUGACAUUGAAGCGUGCACAAUAAAUUCUGAUUUACGCGAAAAGGUGUUCUAUCAAGUUAUAGCGGAUUUAGGUCCUCCAGAUGGCACUAUUAUUGUUCAUUAUGAAGGUACUGUGGAAAAUGACGAAGGUACUAUUUUCGAUGACAAUUUAAUGAUGGCGCUCUUGCAAGAAUUAGCUCAAAUUGGAGAGGUUGUAUUGGUUCGGUUUGUUUGUGAAACAAUGUGGGUUACGUUUAGAGAUGGCCAAUGUGCAUUGACAGCUGCAGCAAAAAAGUCUGUGAGAGUUCUAGAUUACAAUUUAACCAUAUCUUUAAAAACUGCGAACUGGGUUGAACAAGCUAAAGAGGAAAUAGGCCUAUGUUCGAGUAAUACAGUCCCGCUAUACACACCCAGCGCUCAACCGGAAUACAACUGUUUAGGUAUUCCGGAAGCUUCAAAAACUAUGAUACCACCUCGCCCAGGACCACCGUCAAGGCCGCCACCACCAGUGAAAUCGCCUGCGACACCAAAACGCAUUAUACCAAAAGCCGGAGUAAUUAGUAUCCCAACAAGAGACCUACCGACUGAAAUUAUUCCGACAAAUACAUCCUUCGAUGAAUCGGCGAUAUACGAAGAAAUUAACGACGACAUUGUCAGUCGGCCGGAACCACAAGGCCCGCCUCCUCCACCGCCGAGGCCAGAGCCUUCUCUACCUCCUCUCCCGCAAAGAGGUCCGCCGGCAGUUCCGGCUCGUUGUGCUCCACCGCCCCCUUUACCAGCAAGACCACCCCGUUAAAUAAUUUUUGACCGUUAAUUGAAUUUAUAGAGAGCCACAGGGUUUUGCAAAAAAUUACUCUUUCAUGACAUUGAUAUUUAAUGUUCAGUGUGUACCAACCAUGACAAUUAAAAAUAAGUACCUCUUAGUAAAAAUAGGUUAUACUAUAAUGGAUCUUUUUUAGUCAACCAGGAUAAAUGAAGAGAUAUUUCUAGAUGAUGCAGACUUUUGAAAUUUUUCAUAUUUAACAUGUAGCUAGAACAUGAGUAAAGAUUACUGUUUCUUCAGAAAACCCACGUUGCUUUAUACAGGGUCCUGCAACAGUGCGUCGGUCUUUCCUAGCUCAUACCUGGUAAAAAAUAUUAAAAAAACUUUUCGUGCAAAUGUUGCGCAUCUACAAAAAUUAUUUUUGAAUUUACAGAAUGUGCCAUUUUUAUGGUGUCAAUAGACAUAGUUGUUUCGGUUUCAUUUUUUAACCUCUGCAUGGAAACCUAUUCAUUUUUUGGUUUUUAGUCAAUGUUACCAAAUUAUUAAUUGUUUUCCAAGCCCCACUUUGGUAAAUUGUAGCGACCUCGAUUUUAAACAUCAACAAUCUAUUUAAAAAAAUCGACCGUAAAAAUGGAACACCCUGUACAUUGAAAAACAAUUUCUGUGGAUGCGCGAUAGUUGACAUUUACACAAAAGGUUUUUUUAAUAUUUUUUACCAGGUAUGAGCAAAGAAAGACUGACGCACUGUUGCAGGAUCCUGUAUUUUUUACUUGGAAUUUAAUAUUAAAACACCUUUCAUAAAUAACUCCUUCAAAAGUGUUAAAAAUUCUAAUGGUGUUUUAGUUUCAAAAUUCCCCUACCGUGGGUGCAUGAACAUCUGAUAUAUUUGGGCCUAAUAAAGGUCCCUAUUUAAAUUCGCCAUUUGUCAUACAUAAAAUUGUGUUGUAGAGGAAAAUUCGUGAAAUAUAACUUACCACACGCACUGAACGACACCAAAUAAUUUUCUAGUUUAGUUAGUUUAGUGUAUUUUUAACAAUUCCCUGUGGGUACUCUAGCGGUGUUAGAGACAGGCCUUACUAACUCAUCGGCUCCACAAAACGAGCUUUAUGCGACAGCUUUGCAAAAUUUUGACAUUGAUUGUUCCUUUAUUUACUGCUAAUGGUGAUUUUGGAUUAAUUUUUUGUCCAUCAGUUGGGAUAAUUCCUCGCAGCCUAGUCAUAUGAAUUAGUUUUACUGUUUGUAAUGUAGAGAAAGCCAAAGUAGCUGUAUGCAGCUUUUUCUUGCCUUCUUUUCUUGUAGAAAAUUGGUGAGCAAAGUUCUAUGUAGGAUAAUUAAUUUUUUUGUUUGCAUAUUCAACCGAUUUUCUACAUAAAACUUGAGGGUGGUAGCUGUUGGCUAAAAUAUUACGCUUCCCAACAUUUUAUCUUUGUGAUAACUUUUCCCACAAUUUUUAAGGUAAAAAGCUGGGAAUUGCAAUGUAUUUACUCAAUAAUACAACUGUACUCACAAAAUGACUAUUUUUAAAAAAUCAAUUAGAUAUUGCAGAAACUUUUUUGUUAAUUUAUUAAAUGCACAAAUGUGAUCGAAUAAUUUUAGUAAUAUUGGUGAUAACUAUCAUUUAGUUGCAAUAUGGUAACGCUCACAUGGAAAUAGAGAAUACAAUACAUUCCAUUAGUGACUGAUAUUUUAGUGUAUAUUGUAUUAUAGUAGGUACUUUGUUAUUAAACCAAAUCCCUAUUUUGUUGUCAAUUUCUUAAAAUUGUUGUGUUAAAUUUGAAUGUGAUUUUAAAUAACAAAAUUAUAGGGCGAUUACGUAGCAUAAAACUAUUUUCUUUAUGUAACUAUUGAUGUUUAUUAUAUCAAAAUGAUACUGGCCAGUAUACAUCUUUAUUAAAAAGUUAAUUAACUCUCUUGAAAAACCAAAUCGAUAACAAAUGAUUAACUUUUUAAUAAUAUACUAGCAAAAUGCAUCAACUGCAUUUACUGUUAAUUGCUUGUUUACUUUAUUACAGAGAGAUUAUUAGAGGCGAUAAUUGUUCUGUAACUAAAUAUAUACCUAAUACAUAUUUACACAAG